ACUGAUGAGUGCACUCGAUCAGCUGAUAAGGCAUUUUUCUUAAUAAACAAGCCACCGAGUUUUUCUUUGUUUUCACUGUAAAAAGUCGUGAUAGUGAAAAAAUUUUCAAUUGCAAUGGCCUGGUCACAAUAUCAGCUAAUUCUGGCAGCCACAAUGGUGGUCACAGGCUCCAUAAAUACCCUGAGUACAAAAUGGGCAGAUUAUUUGGAGUCUGAAGGUUCCGAUGGACAAAUUAGGGCAUUUUCCCAUCCAUUUGUGCAGGCUUGUGCUAUGUUUAUUGGGGAAAUGCUGUGUUUGCUAGCCUUUAAGAUGCUCUAUUACAAUUUGAAGAGGCGAAGGGAUGGUUCAGAGGACACACAUGAGCUCACUAGGGGCAACAGAGAGUUCAAUCCAUUUAUCCUCUUCAUUCCGGCUAUGUGUGAUAUGAUAGCCACCAGCAUAAUGUACAUAGGUCUCAAUCUUACCUAUCCCAGUAGUUUCCAAAUGUUUAGGGGAAGCGUGAUAAUUUUCGUUGGAAUGUUGUCUGUGGCAUUCCUCAAUCGUGUCUUGGUGGGCAGGGAGUGGACAGGAAUUUUCUUUGUUAUUAUUGGUCUUGCGAUCGUCGGUGUAUCAGACUUUAUAGCUGAUGAUGGCGGUAUUGCCCAUUCCCGGAACAAUAUAAUCACCGGCGAUUUGCUCAUAAUCCUGGCCCAAGUUAUCACAUCUGUCCAAAUGGUUUAUGAAGAGCGCUAUGUAGCUGGAUUGGAUAUUCCUGCCCUACAGGCUGUUGGAUGGGAAGGAUUCUUCGGGUUUAGUGUUCUGGGGACCCUCUUGAUCCCCUUCUACUUCAUCCACGUCGGUCCACCCUUCAAUAACAACGCUCGGGGCACUCUGGAAGACUUUGUUGAUGCCCUGGUGCAAAUCCGUAAUAGUUGGCAGUUACUUUUUUCCAUUUUCGGCACAAUCAUAUCAAUUGCCUUCUUCAACUUUGCCGGAAUUAGUGUUACCAAAGAAAUUUCAGCCACUACGAGAAUGGUCUUGGAUUCUGUUCGUACCCUGGUGGUCUGGCUUGUUGCCAUCUGUGUUCGUUGGCAAAUGUUUCACCCUCUUCAGGUAAUUUCAGUAUUUCACGUGCAAUUGCAGAGAACCCACGAUUUUAUUUUCAUUACAAAAUUUUCCUUAUCAGAUUCUUGGAUUUGGUGGCUUGCUGUUCGGCAUGUGUCUCUACAACAAUGUUUUUGUCUUCCAAUGUUGGUCAGCUGUCCGUGGUUUCUAUCUGAGACGUCGCUAUGGGUAUGAGGAGACACAAGGAAUUAUUACAACAAGAGCUGAUGAUCCUCAAAUUGCGUAAAGAAUUUACUUUAAUAAUAAUUUAAAAAUAACAUUCAUCAAUCGAUAUUAUUUCAAAAGAGUCUCAUGGCAUUGAUAUGUAAACCAUUUUUUUUUGAGGGAAUAAACCAUAACAUUUUAA